UCUUUCUAUAUUUAGUAAAUGUAUUAUCAAUGAGAUGAUAUUGUGCAUGAUGAUGCAAACUACUUGAAUACACGAGAUAUAUCUACACUUAAAAAAAACAAACUUUUGCGCAUUUAAAUUUUCAAGAGGGAAGUAAAAGGAAAUAAUAUUCUACAGAAAUAUGGCAGCUGGAUCAAAUGAUUUCCCACACAACAAUGCAAAGAUCCUUUACAAGUACACUCCUCAUGACUUUGGACCUCUGAAUGUAAUCCAAGGUGACCAUUAUCAAAAUUUCAUAGGAGGAAUAUAUUAUGUAACCACACCAAGGGAAAAGAUGGUUCUGCACAGGCUUCACGGUGGCAAGGCAGGAGAGUAUGGACAGUACUGGACACAUGAACCUCGCAAAGGAAACGAAGGUUAUCGUUGGGACGCAGCUGUUUUACAACAAUGGAACUCUCUAGAUAAAGCUGCGACACUUAUAGUUCCAGAGGGUGUUAACAUGUACGAGGGGAAGGUAUCUAAACAGGCACAUUAUUUAGGUGGCGGCUGGCAGAUCUUCAUUCCAAGAGAAAUUGUCAACCUUCUGGCUGAAAUCCAACCUCAUAAAAUGGCUGAAAGAGGAUAUAACGAAACUUUCAUUAAACAGAAGAUUCAUGAGAUAAACACAGCUCAGCAGAAAAUCAUGCAAGAAUACAAUGAUAAGCUAACAAAGAGAAUAGAACAGAGGGCGCUGCAACAUGGGAGCGAACUCUGGAACCUCCCACCAGAAAUCCGUAAAGUAGUUCAAGGAGAUGGAUCAAAUAAAUCUGAUGGUAAAGUCAAAACAGGGAGUUAUGUUGUUCAUAGAGACAGCAUUCCAGUGCCAGGAGGUGGAAGAAAGAACAUCUCUGUGUCGGUAAAGAUAGAGUUUGUCAGGAGUGACACACGCACAUAUCAAUCGGGAAAAACAAUCAUAACAGAAACUACCAACUACUACAACCGAAUUACAGAAAUCAGAGAGACAUGAUCCUUAACAUUUUAUCAUAUCCUAAAUUUACUUCUUAUGCAUGGACACUGAUAUGUUUCUUUAUCUACAUGUCCAAUCUGUUAUCUCUAAUGCCCUCAUGUUACCUUUUUUAUGUAAUUAGACACAGCGUGGGUUUUGAUAAUCAGACAUUAAAAGCCCGUGUCAUUCCUUCCAUAUCAUUAUCAAGUACGAACAAACUAGAAUUCUUAAAUAUAUAUUCCUCAGAUCAUGAGUGAAAAGGCAAAAUGUUUUAUUAAAGAUUUUUUCUUUUUACAUACCAGUAUUUCUUUUAAUAUUCGUUAUGUAAAUUGACUCGCCCUUCCCAGCACUGUUAUCUGCAGAGUUAUCACCCUUCACAACAUUGCCUUCUCCUGAAUUAUUGCCUUUCAUAGAUUUGUUUUAUGCAGAAUUAAGUAUUGGCAAUUUCUGUAGCUCCAUUAAUAAUUCAGACCCAAUGCUACCAACUUGGUUUUGUGAAGUAAUCAUACACAUUCUGAAAUGACCUCUUUUAACAAUAGCACCACCUUUUGGUGCCAACACUCGUCUGUAAAUGUUUAACAUUAGGCAAUAAACAAGAAAACAGUUA